ACUCGGUGGACGGGCUCUCUUGGCCCCAAGUCUCCCUAGACUCGCAAGAUUCGCAUUUCUACUCAUCAGUUUUGCGCUGAUAAGCUUGCCUACUGAAAACAAAUCCUCACAGAAUCUCCGUCAGCUUCAGUCCCAGACUAACCUGCGACUUGAUUCCGUCUAAACACACCUAUAGUGAGUCGGAGCACAGUUAUUUACGAGAGAUUCGAUUACGGGCUUUAGAGUAGUCGCGUGAAGCUUACGAGCCUCGAAACUUUCAAGCAUCGCGUACUAGUUCCUCCCAACGCUCGUCGUUGCUGCGUCAAAUAGAGUACGCAGUCGAACUAUCAGUAGACAGCUAUUACGGACCUCCGGGAAGAGACACGUGGCGAUUGAGAGAAACGCAGGAUUGAGGCCGGCAUAGCCGCAUGUCGCCAAGAUAAGAUGGGGGAGAUUGUCGCAGAGCCGAUGCGACGACGGCCUGGUAGGGUCGUCAGGAUGUCGCCAGCGGCUUCUUCCUCUGUCGCACGACCGCAGGCUGCGAGCAGCCGCGUCGCUACCGUGGUUCUCUUCUUAGUCGUCCUUCUGGCGCCACAAAUACUACCGUCCUCAUUAUUACCCUCCCCACUAGUACCCGCUCCACUAGUAGCCGCCGCGAGCGCUACUUCCAAUCCCGGCUCCCCCGCAGCAGCGCUUCUUGCGCGAUCCGCAAUUCCCGGACCCACACCCAUCGCCAACCUCCCUCUCUUCCCCUCCACCUCUCCUGAUACCGCUGUAAGCGGGGGAGUCGGCGGGAGUGACGUCACUCCUUCCGCCUCCUCUUCCGCCGCCUCCGCCGCGUCCCCUAGUACGGCUUCCGCUGCUCCCCCCAUUCCUCCCGCACCCGCCUCCACUCCUUCCGCCUCUCCGCCCCACGCAACAAGCGCAAGUGUUCCUUCCGCCAUCAUCCCGCUUCCAGCUUCCACCAUAGUCCCCGCCAAGGAAACCGCUAAAGCCGCGGCUGUAGCGCCCACGUCAGCUCCACAAUCGACGUCAGCGCCGUCCGAAUCGCCUCCCGCCAUGACUCGUGGCGGCGGAGCGCGAGGCGCGGACGACUUGGAGGCGGCGGGGGCGGAGAUUCUACUGAACGCGGUGGAGGCUGCGGGGCUGCGCGCGCGGGCGAGCGCGUGCGUAUUCGACGCGGAGAAACGGGCAUUCAGCCUGGUCGCCGGGCUGAGCACACUAAUUACUCUCAACGCGACGGACACGUGGGCGCCUCCCAUUGGUCGAAAGGUGCUGACGAACGACUGCCAGUACUUGAUUGACGCCACGUGUCAAGAUAUCACGCCCACUGGCGGAUGCGACGACCACAACGAAUGCACGACUGACACGUGUGUCCCUUCGGAUCCGGCCACGUGCACGCCUUAUCCGGACUGCCUCUUAGCUGGACCGUCUUGUUCAUAUACCGCAUCCCCCGAUAGUAUCACGAACCCGGAUUCGUCAGGAGGUACGGUCGAGAUCGUGCGCACCACGCCGCCGCCUCGCAGCGCGUGCAUCUUCAUCCCCUAUAAGAACCGCUUCAUGAUCCGCUUAAAGAACGCGUUCCGCGUCCGCCUUUCCGCCGACGACGCGUGGGCGCCGCGGCCCGGGCAAGUCGCCAUGACGGGAAACUGCGGCGGGAAGGGGAUACGGACGGUGACUAGUGCUGGCGCUGCCGUGGUUGGUGGCGCUGACAGUGAGGACGAUUUGGGAGGUGGUAUUGUAGAAGGCAGUAGCAGCAGCAGCACGACGGCCAGCAACAGCACAAGCACUGAUGGGGCAGACACCAGCUUUAACACCACCACCAGCAGCAGCAGCAGCAGCAGCAGCAGCAGUAAUGGUGAUGGCACGAGCGUGAAAGACUUGGAGGCAUUGGAGGAGGCAGUUUUGAAGCAGGAGCAGGCAGGGGUCCUGGGGGAGCAGCAGCAGCAGCAGCAGCAAUCCCCCGCAGACCAGGAAAAACCAUCAGACUCAGUAGACUCAGGCUCGGAAGAAUCAGGCUCGGCAGACCCGGACCUCCUCUCGCCCCGCCUCCGAGUGCCUCUCCCCCGGCCCGCGUGCCUGUACCGACCCAAGCAGGGCGUGUUCAUCCGCGUGGAGGGGUGGCCCUUCACGGCCCGGCUCUCGCACGCCGACGCCUGGGCGCCCCCCUCCACCGCCACAACCCUUUCCGGCAACUGCCGCUACGUGCUGGACUCGUUCUGCUCAGUGGUGGAGCAGGUGGCAGGGGGGUGCGAUGAUGGGGAUGCGUGCACGCUCGACUCGUGCGUGUGGGCCGGGAGGGGGAACCGGGACAACGACCCCUACUCCGACCCUUCGGACCAAGAGUGGCCCAACAUCCAGAUCUAUCCGCCUCCAAAGAGCACCGGCUCAGUCGAAGCUUCAGAGAACCUUCCAACAGGCACAACCACGCACGACGUGCUCGACACGCUUGCCCAGCCCGUCCCCUUCACAGACACCUCCCUUACAGGCACGUUCGACGUGUACCACUUCGGUGCGCUGGGCGACGGCCAGAACGACGAUGGCGAGGCUAUCGAGGCGGCUUUUAACGAGGCGUGCCAGUGGGCAAAGCAGAACAACGCCAAGGCCACCGUUACCGUCCCUGCUGGGGCUGAUUUCCUCACCACCCCCAUGGUCUUUUCUGGCCCCUGCGGGCCAGGUGUCAUCUUCUUAUUGGACGGAAAGAUUCUCGCUCCGGAUCUGCCCGUAUCCUCCUACCAAUCAUCUUACAGCGUGGUGGCGCACCUUUUUUUCGACCAGGUGACCGGGCUGACCGUGACGUCGACCGGGCAGGGCAAGCAGGCGGGAAGUUUUGACGGGCGGGGGCUGGAGACGUGGCGGGAACAUUUGUCGCUCGGGCAGCCCGACUCAUACGCCCGGCCGAAAGGUUUUGCCUUUCAAAAUUGUGAUAAUCUGGUUAUAGAGCAAAUUACUGUACGGAACCCUCCUGAGAUGCACAUCAGUAUACAGGAGUGCAACAAUGUGAUUGUAAGGGAGGUGACUGUAAUGAGUCCGUACAACAGCCCUGGGACGGACGGGCUGCACCUGGCGGCAGCAACGAAUGUGAUUAUAAGGAACUGCAGGAUGCACACGGGCGGCAACGGGAUUGCUAUAGUGGAUAAGAGCGCCAACAUCAGCAUCCACAACGUCUUCAGCUCCGCUGGCAGGGGCAUCAGCAUCUUCAAUCUGGGCCGGGAUCAGUUCACAGGGUGCGUCACCAACGUGACUGUAAAGAACGCCACUAUAUACGGGGGGAGGAACGCGCUGCGCAUAAGCACGUACCAGGGCGGGCGAGGGUGCAUCUCCAACGUGCACUUUGCUGACGUGGAAGUGAUCGAGACGACUGAGCCAAUCAAAAUCGACCAGACUGUCUGCAGCGACGGCUCCUACCGCUGCAACAAUGAGGACACUGGUAACAAUGUUACCACCACCAGCAACACCACCAGCAACACCAGCAGCAACACCAGCAGCAGCAGCAGCAGCAGCAGCAGCAGCAGCAGCAGCAGCAGCAACAACACCAAUAGCAGUAGCAACACCAAUAGCAGCAGCAGCGACGGCAGCAGCAGCAGCAGCAGCGACGCAGUCGCCAUAGCCAACGUCUCUUUCCGCAAUGUCUACGGCACGAGCAACCACACGCACGGCAUCUACAUCCGCUGCAGCGCCACCGUGCCAUGUGUCGGCCUCUCAUUCGCCGACAUCAACAUCGUCCCCAGCAGGAGCCUCAGAAGGAGAGCCAUGGGUUCAGACGUGGGUCCAGAUACAACCUCCACCGGUCAAGACGGCUCUAAGGAGACACCAGGCCAUUCUAAUGACACCAACGGCUCUCAAGGUUCAGAUUCUAAUGAUUCUGACCCUGCGCUACAGUCGCUGCUACAGCCGGUGAUGGAGAACGUGUUGGUGGUGCCAGGAAGCAGGAUACAGUCCCCCUUGGGAAUACCGGAGCUGAAGAGAGAGGUAACAGGGGAGGAGGAGGGGAGGAUAAGGACGAUGAUGGACGCCUGUGACUACUCCUACCAUGCUGUCGACCUGGAUGGGUUCUUGGCCCCUUUUCGGGAGUCGCGUGCGGUGGUCCAAUCGCAAGUAGGAGGCAGUGGAGACGGGAGUGCGGGAGGAGGGAGUGAGGGAGGGGAGCAGGGAGGCCAGAGCAGCAGUGACGGAGACUCGAGCGGCUCAAGCAGCUCCACCGGUGGCGAUGCCGCACAAGGGUCAAGUGGGUCAAGUGGGUCAGGUGGGUCAGGUUCUGGGUCAAGCGGAUCAGAUUCUGGUUCGACUGAGUCAAAUGGGUCGGGUGAAGGAGGAAAGGACGAUGCUAACACCAGCAAUGGUGGUGCGGAUAGUGCUGAUGGCGGUGCUGAUGGUGGUGCUGAUGGUGGUGGUGAGUCAGGCGGUGCUGGUGGUGCGGAUGCAGCGGAUGGGUCUGGAUCCGCGGAGGGAGCGCAAGGCGGGGACAGCAGUGCGGGUGAACAAGGGGGAGGGGGAGGGGAGGGGGGAGGGGGAGGAAGCUCGAACGAUGGCGGGGGAGGAGGAGUGGGUAGCGGAGGAGACGAGAUUACAGGAGGAGAAGGGAGCAAUAGUGGUGGUGGUGAUAGUACUGGUGGUGAUAGUAGCGGUGGUGACACGAGUGGUGGCGAUAGUAGUGGUGGUGACACGAGUGGUGGCGAUAGUAGCGGCAGUGAUUCUAGUGGUGGUGAUAGUAGCGGUGGUGAUUAUGGAGGAGGGGAGGGGGGUUCAAGUGGGGGUGAUAGUGGUGAGGGAGAGAAAGGCAACGGAGGAGGGAGCGAUGGUGCAGGGGCAGGGGGAGGAAGGGGAGGGGGAGGGGGAGGGGGAGGGGGACAGGGAGGCGACUGGGUGGCGACCCCUCCUGCGGACUAUACCGCGGAUGACAGCAACGGGGGUGAUUAUAACGCGGAUGCUGGAGGAGGGGAGUCAUCCGGGGGAGUGGAUCCAUAUGACCCCCUGGGCUCGUCCCAGACCGGUAGUGGGGGUGCCAAUAACGGGGGGAGCAGUAACGGGGGUAACAGGCAGGGCGGCAGCAAUGGGAACGUGGGGAAUGACGUGUCCUUGGGAAGUCGCACCGGCAGCACUGGCAGCACUGGCGGUAACGGUGUUACCCGCGGUGGAGGGAGAGGCAGCAGCAGUGGCGGCAACAGGAGUCCGGAGGAGGUUGCUGGUGCCAUCGGUGGUGGGAGCAGCAAGGUUGGUGGUGGGAGCAGCGAGGGAGGUGGCAGGAGCAGUAGCAGUGGCGGUGGUGGUGGCGGUAGCAGCAGCUCUGGAUACUCCUCACGCACUUCUCCUGCUGGCCCUUCAGGUGAUUAUUCAGAUGACUCUUCAGGUGGAUCAUCAGGGGAAGGGUCCUCAGGAGAAUCGCCACCAGAGAUAGACCCCUACGACCCACUAGCUUCCGCUGAGAAGGCGGCAACAGGAGGCGGAGGAGGAAGCGGAGGGAGGAGAAGCACGAGUAGCAGUGGUGGUGGUGGUGGUGGUGGUGGUGGUGGUGGUGAUGGCACUGCCAGCAGCAGCAGCAGUGACACAGGGGGGAGCAGCAGCAGCUCUAGCAAGGGCAGCAGCAGCAGCGGGCUUGGUAAUCGAGGGAAUGCCGGGGGUGGUGCGCUAAGCUCUGGAGGCACCAGCCGCAGCAGCAGCAGUAGCAGCAGCAACAGUGGCCAUAGCAGCAGCGGCGGCGGCAGCAGCAGCAGCAGUGAUGGUAAUGUGCUGCUGGAUGGGGGGAGUGGCAACAAGCUGAUAGAAGGGGGGGGCGUCAGUAGAAACAGUGGCUCUGGAGGGUACAGCAGCGGGGGCAGCAACGGGUACUAUGGGAGUGGCGGGGGCAGCUGGAGGGGCAGAGGUAUGCCGGAUGAUCCCUGGAGAGGUGCUGGUGGGGGGAAUACGCAGGCAGGGAGUGGGAACAGUGGGAGCAGUGGGAGCAGUGCAAGUAAGAGCAGCGGUGGGAGCAGUGCGAGUAAGAGCAGCAGUGGGACUGGGACAAAGAAGGCUGGCAGCAGUGGCAGCAGCAGUGACGGCAGCAGCAGCAGCAGCAACAGCAAUGGCAGCAGCAGCGGCAGUGGCAGCAGCAGCAGCAGCAGCAAUGGCAGCAGCAGCGGCAGUGGCAGCAGCAGCAGCAGCAGCAAUGGCAGCAGCAGCGGCAGUGGCAGUGGCAGCAGCAGCGGCAGUGGCAGCAGCAGCAGCAGUGGUGGGGGGGGCAGUGGAGGGGAGUUUGUGGGGCACAAAGAGAGGCUGGAGAAGGAGAAGAAGGGGCAGCACCUGGGGUACAAGGAGGGAGGGAGUGCAGGAGGGCCGCCUCCUGUGAGCGAGUCUGGAGGGAAGAACAGCAGUGACAGUCAUGGAAGUGACAGUAGCAGCGGCAGCAGCAACGGAAGUGACAGCAGUGGUAGUAACGGGAGUGACAGUAAGAGCAGCGAUGGGAGUGAGAGUGAUAGUGGCAGUGGUGAUAACACUGGAUCUGGAGAAGAAAGUGGAAGCAGUAGCAGCGGUGGUGACACUAGUGGGAAAGAUGACAAUGUAGGGGGGGAGGAAAGCAGCACCAGCAGUGAUAGCAACAGCAGCAGCAGCAGUAGCAGUGAUGGUGUUAGCAGUCCGCAGUCAACCAGCAGCAGCGGCACAGCAAAAAAGCCACCCAGUAAAGGUGGCAGCACGGGUGGCAGCAAGGGCGGGAGCAAGGGUGGGAACGUGUGGGAUGCGAUAACCAAGGGAGCUUCCAAGGUGCGGCUUCCAAACAAGGGAAGCAAGGGGGGAGGCAAGGUAGCGAAGAAGGAUGCUGGUGGUGGUGCUGGUAGUGGUGGCAAUGUGCCUGUGAUAGGAGGGGUGGGAGGAGUCAGCGAUCCCUCAAAUGAAACCAGCUCCUCGGAUCCUUCGAGUGCUGGAGAUCCUUCGAAAGAAACGGAUUCUUCGCCGGAUUCCCAAGACGCUGCUGGUUCAGAGGGCAGUCCUUCUGAGUCGGGGGGAGGGGGAACAGAAGGUGGUGGUUCGGGGUCGGAGGGGGAGCAGGUGAUGCAGGGCGGAAAGAUUGAGAUCCUCAAGGGAGAUGAGGUAAAGGGAGAGGGGUUGGAGGGAGACGGAGAGAAGGGAGCUGGUGCAGGAGGGGGGGGAGGAGGAGCAGGGGAGAAGGCACAGGAGGAGGUGGGGGAGUCAGACACCUCAGACUCGGAUUCUGACAGCUCAGGCACUGGGGCUGACAGCUCGGACACAAGUGCUGCUGACAGCUCGGACACAAGUGCUGCUGACAGCUCGGACACAAGUGCUGCUGACAGCUCGGACACAAGUGCUGCUGACAGCUCGGACACAAGUGCUGCUGACAGCUCGGACACAAGUGCUGCUGACAGGUCGGACACAAGUGCUGCUGACAGGUCGGACACAAGUGCUGCUGACAGCUCGGACACAAGUGCUGCUGACAGCUCGGACACAAGUGCUGCUGACAGCUCGGACACAAGUGCUGCUGACAGCUCGGACACAAGUGCUGCUGACAGCUCGGACACAAGUGCUGCUGACAGCUCGGACACAAGUGCUGCUGACAGCUCGGACACAAGUGCUGCUGACAGCUCGGACAAAAGUGCUGCUGACAGCUCGGACAAAAGUGCUGCUGGCAGCUCAGACACAAGUGCUGCUGACAGCUCGGACACAAGUGCUGCUGACAGCUCGGACACAAGUGCUGCUGACAGCUCGGACAAAAGUGCUGCUGGCAGCUCAGACACAAGUGCCGGCAGCUCCGACACGAGUGCCGGCAGCUCCGACACGAGUGCCGGCAGCUCAGACACGAGUGCCGGCAGCUCCGACACGAGUGCCGGCAGCUCCGACACGAGUGCCGGCAGCUCCGACACGAGUGCCGGCAGCUCCGACACGACUCCGACACGAGUGCCGGCAGCUCCGACACGAGUGCCGGCAGCUCCGGCACGAGUGCUGGCAGCUCCGACACAAGUGCUGGCAGCUCCGACACAGGUGGAAUGGGGGAUGGGCAUGUGGAAGGUGAAGCAGCAGAUGGGGAGGUUAAUGAGGCGCCAGCAUCAAUUGGGGGAGAUGCCGCAGCGCCAGCAUCAGAUGCGAAGGAUGCCGCAGCAUCAUCAACUGAUGGGGAACAUGCUGCAGAUACAGCUCCAGAUGGUGCAGGGGAGGAGGUGACGAGUUCGGCAGAGGUGGAGGGGGGGGGGAGCUCAGCAGACGGUGGGAGUGGAAAUGUUGUUUCUGUUUCGGCAGAGGGUGCUCCGGGAGAGGAGAAAGCUCAUGACCCCCCUUCUCCUUCACCUCCCACAGCAGCAGCAGCAACAGCAACAUCAACAACCGAACCGGCACCAACAUCAGCUGUGUCUGCAGCAUCAGCAUCGGCAUCCACACAACCUCCUGCAACAACACCACCACCACCACUAGUGGAACAGCCAACGCAACCAGUGCCAUCAGCAGCACCGGCACCAUCGUCACCACCCCCAACAUCACCCCCAGCAACCUCCGAUGCAAAGCCGCUCACCUCCUCGUCUCCUCCACCUCCUCUCAAGAAGAAGAAAGGGGGCUCCACGUGGACGUGGUGGCCAUUUGGGAAAGGAACAGGCGGCGGUGUACGAAGUGAUGUGGGAACAACCUUGACCGGGAGAGGUGGCGGUGUGGUGGGGGGUGGAGGGACAGGGAACGGGAGAAGGGAGCGACUGUACAGACCAUCAGUGCAGCCUAAUGCUGUUGUGAUUGGUGGAGGGACAGGGCAAGGAAGUGCAGUAGCUGCCUCCACCAACCAGGACUCGCCUGGAUCUUCAGGCUUAUCUUCAUCUGCGAGUGGAGUACGCAUCGUGUCAGCUGGAGUCAUGCCGGAGUACAGCACAGGAGACAUGGUGUAAGGCAUGACUGCACAGAACUGCUUGUAGUGCUGCAGAAGCACGCCACAUAGGAAGUAGUGCUAGGAAGUGGUAGGAGUGAAGCUCAGAGAUGCCUGCUUCUCUGAUAAUCUUCUGUGUGUAGUGCAGCGUUUAAGCCAUAGUAACGUGUGCGAAGAGGGUACAGGCCAGUGCCCCACAAUGAGUAUUAUGACAACUUCCUGGU